GGAUUGAUCCGCGUCUGUUAAAAUCUUGUUCUGGUUUUUCUUGGAGUGAGGUCUGUGCCUGCCGACGCGCCUCUCCUGUGCAGCCCCCAAGAGCUUUUUAUGGAAGGAAACCUUGGAAUUUUUGAAAGGGAGAAGGAUCUGCAUAACACUAAUGAAGUGGAUAAAAAAAACGCACGGCUGGGUUCUUUUUGCCUUCUCUUUUGCGUUUUCUCUUCUGGUGUCUGAAUGAAACAGGGAGGCAAAUAUAAGGGAAAGAGGCACGGUGCAGGUUCUGGACUGGGAGUCGAUCUGUCAGUGUGCUUUUGAGUAAACACGUUUCCAGUGCGCCCGCUUUAACUUUUAUUUCUUCAAAAACUGGCGAGCUCGACUCCUCUCCUCUUGCACCGCGGAGUUCGUUUUUCUCGGAACGAGGAGACUUUCGUGUUUUUCCCCCUCCAGAGAAACUGCUUAAACUUUCUACGUUUAAAAAAAUAAAUAAAAAGAUCGGAUUGCAUUUUCCCCCUUCAAACAUUUUGGAGGUGAUGUCAUCGUGCUGUGUUUUGGCUGGUAUUGUGUCGAGAGGGCGCAGGGAGGACUGCUGCAGCCAGGCGGUAACCAGCGGCUGAGGCGAGCGGGGAAGUCCGGAAAAUCAGGUGCAAAGUGCGGCUGUUAUUUCCUCGCUGUGUCGCGGGUGGCUGAGUCCGCCACCCAGUCACAGCUGUUCCCAUCCUCUCCAGCCACCCCUCCCUCCCUCGUCUUUCUUUCCCAUUUAUUAUCCCCUCCCAUUCUCAUUCAGCACUCUCCAUAUACCCCUCUGAGCUGGACCGCUCCGGGACCUUAUCACCCUCUCUGUCGGACACUGUUGGUCGGUGUCACCUGAGCCACAGAUCCGUUGAGUCAGCGUGGGGGCGCAGUCAUGACCGAGGCUGCCCUGCAUUACCCUGCGCCCGCAGAGCCCCCGUCUCCAGCUCGCCGUUUGCUCCAUCAGCCAGCCCAGGUAGCCCACCUCCAACAGCUCCUGACCCUGCUCUGCUGGGACUAAACCUGCCUCCUGGUCCUGCCUGUGCCGGAACAAACACUCCACUACUUUCUUUUAUCAUCUCACCCAUUGCAGAAAUCAUUUUGGAGACCCCAAGCUUACUGUUGCGCUGAAACGUUACGCAUUGGAUUACGCAGAAGAUUACGCACGCACUGCAUCUGUCCACGGGGCCGAGCAUCACUCUGAGGGUCAGCGAGGUCGAUUGGAGUUCGUUAUUUGCGACGCGUGAGCGCGCUUUCACCUGUUCCUCUCCUUGUCGGGAACGCGCAGCCUUUAAAACCCUAACCUUCCCCCUUUGCUCCCCCGCCCUUCCGACUCUCCACCGGUCUGGACAGCUGUUAGAGGUUGCCCGGCGGUCACAGUGGCACAGUUACCCCUGCCUCACACCCCACACUGUCCGUACCCACGCCGGGAGAACCGGGGCACGCCGCCGCCGAUGCCAACGGGAGUGUCCGCUGACUCUUUGACUCUGCACAACAUCCAGCGGAUUCAAAACACAGAGGGGAACUCUCCCGACUGUCGGACUGGCUCAGACCAAGCGAGGAGACUGUCUCUGGGCCAAGUUCCAUAGUGGAGGGGGGAAGCAAUGUGGUCCCUUCUUUCCACGCUGACCGUCUUAUGUAUCCAGAUGUUGCUGGUGAUGUGCAAUCCAUUACAGCAGGUACUUGGUGUGGAUGGGGUCAACUUCAGCGUGCAUGUGGAAAACCAGACGCAGGUGCGAGACACCAUGAGUCGGCGACAGCACCGGGUCUACCAGCUCUAUAGCCGCACCAGCGGCAAACAUGUCCAGGUGAUGGGACGCAGGAUCAGUGCUCGAGGAGAAGAUGGAGACAAAUUUGCCCAGCUCGUAGUGGAGGCCGACACCUUUGGUAGCCAGGUGAGAAUCCGGGGCAAAGAAACCAAUUUCUACCUGUGCAUGAACCGCCGCGGCAAGCUGGUAGGAAAGAAGGCCAGUAAUCGAAGCGCAGACUGCGUCUUUGUGGAAAAGGUUCUGGAAAACCACUACACAGCUCUGAUGUCAGCGCGUUACUCAGACUGGUAUGUGGGCUUCACUAAAAGAGGCCGUCCUCGCCGGGGCCCCCACACGCUUCCCAACCAGCAGGACGUACACUUCAUGAAGCGCUUCCCACCUGGGGAGCAGCCCGACCUCACCACACCCUUCCGUUUCACCACAGUCAGCAAGCGGGGCAAAAAGGUGCGCGCUACUGGUCCCCGCUAGUAGUGGCUAACGCUAUCACCCACUGUCUUGUCAUCCAAAGCCUUGACCUGAGCCUGCCAAUGGCUAACCCAGUCAUCUCUUCUGUCACACACGGCUGAACACCUACCUUUGCUGGGACAAACAUUGACCACAAACUUGAUGAAUCAUUCAUGUGGUUUAGCUUUACACCUACUAAUUUGCCACUACAGUCCCCAAGUUAGUGAUCAUUCCUCAGUUUUAGUUCCCUUACUGGACCAACUGGACCAUCUCUGGAAGCUCUGUUGACUUAGUCUGCUUCCCUUCAUAGGCCAGAAAUACUGACAGGAAACCUGAAGGCCAGCCAGAGUCCCAGACUCUACGAAUGCCUUUAUUCCGCAACCACAAAAACCACAAGGCCUUCAUGUCUCCUGUUCUGGACCAGCUGGACAAUGUCAAGUAUGGGAUUACAACUGGACCAUACAGAGAGAACAAGGGUGGGAAAGACUGACUGAACAAGAAAGUGGGUGCUUAGCCUACGGAUAAAGGGAACAGGAAGGAGAGGACAGGAAAACGGCAAAGUGGACAAAGGGACUGAGUGAUCUUCACAGAUCAAAUGGACCAAUAACGGAUUGUUGACAUGUGACGCACUUAUUUGUCUCACUGCUAAAUUGGUGGGAACAUAUGAGACUGUUGGAUGGAUGGAAGCAUGGAUGACAAAAGGAUGAAUGAGGGAAUGACCGAUGAGCGACUUACUGAAUAAAUGCUUGUAAGCAGAGGAAGACGAGGACAUAUAUGUAGGAGUGUGUGUGCGUAUGUGUGUGUCUGAGUGAGUGCACCAACAACCAUGAGUGAAGCUGGAUCACAAGGGACUCUGGAAAGGGACCAUCCAGUCCCUGCAUGAACCCGUGACAACUCACCGCAGGGACUGAAGCUUUAGGAACUAGAAUGUAUAAAAACCAAGCUGCACCAAAAACAGCCAAUCACCAUAAACCAAACCAACGACCGACCAAAGACAACUGGAGACCUUUUUUAUGACUCCACCCCACGCCCUGCCCCCCGAGGACACUACACCCUCAGCUUAUAGGUGCAGAGGGUGACAAGCGCAGGGGCGAGCACGGCGGGGAGGGUGCCUUGUCGAUUAGCAUUGCUAUAGAAACGACCCAGGGGAUGAUGCUCCUGUGCGAUACCGUGGAUACAGAAUGCUGCUACCAGGACAUUCAGUGGAACCAACCAAAGUCUCAUGCAUACACACAGGAGAAAAAAUAUUAAAGGGAACAAUUUAUUGAAAGUUAUAUAUAUUAUAUAUAUAAAAGAAGACAGAAACCCUAAAUAAGCAAUCUUACUAUGAUGGUUACUAUAAUUAUUACGAUAAAAUUAUUUCAUUUAUUUAUUUCAGCUCUGUGUGCAGCAGUCUUUCUCGACUCAGUAAACCUUACAGAAACAUU